AUGAAAGUGGGCGGAGCCUCUGAAAACCAGGUGUUAUGAGUUGAAGAGGUUAUGUAGUAUAUCUGAUAGCAAAACGAGCUCUGAAGAACCAACUUGAAAUUCUUGUACCAAGAGAUUUUUGAAAAUCUCAGAGAACGUGUGUUAUAUCGUAUGUAAAUCCAUCUAACUGAUUUGAUGCGUUUAUUAUCAUUCUUCAACUCACCAUCUUUUCUCACUGGCGCAAAACUUCGUUAGACACUCAAGCGCUUUUCUAUUAUUUUUUAUGACGGGAAAUUAUUCAACUUUUCUUGAACAGUGUGUCAAAUGUUAUUUUUUUUUAAGGUCUUCGACCUGUUCGACGACGCGCGAGGGCUGCCUUGGAAAAGAACCCACGACCGACAACAAGUCCUCCCAUUGAAGCAGCAGUUUUUCGCAAAUCCAAGUAGUUUUUAUAGAUUUUCUCACCAUUUUCCUUGAUUAGGAGGCUCCAGUUACCGUCACACUCCCCAGGAAAUGAGCCGAAUCGUCAAGUACAUUGACCAACUGACUUAUGAGUGUAUGCCUGAUUAUCAGUAAGUUUUCCAAAGCACAAAAUGAUAUUAAAAUAUAAAUUUGUGACCUUUCUUUAGAUAUAUUAACGAAACACUCAAAAAUAUAGCAGCCGAAAAUCGAAUAGUGUUUGGGAAGAAACCCGACUGGAUCGGAAAAAUAAAGCCCGUUGGUAGUUCAGAAUGCGUUGAUUCAAAAGUUUGACGAAUCGAUGUGAUAAGACAUUUGCAUUCGAACCUUCAGCAAUCAGACUCUUCGACGGACAACAAAAAAACGGGGUCCGAGUCUUCGGAGGCCGAAGAGACGGCGCAGAAACGAGACAGCAAGCGGCCGAAAUGGUUCCGCGGCUUUUCCGUUCGAUUUUUGUAGAGAAGUAAAUCUUAUAGGGCUCCGAAAAUUCCUGAAACUCUACGAAAACAACUGAAACCCCUUGGUAAGUCGUUAUUUCUCUCUAGGUUUUUUUUUCAAUAGACGAUCCGGAAGAAUCUUUGAAAUUGAUUCCGCGAAAUUCAAAAUGGCUAUCAGGAUGUGAAAAAGAUAACUGAAUUUUGGAGAGUCCGAGAUAAUUUCGAGUUCCGUAAAACAAGACAUGAGGAAAGUUAACAAAGGGGAAAAGUUUCAUUCGAGUUAUUUGGUCAAUUCCAGCCCACACAUCGCUUUAUAAAUCGGUUGUCAAAACGCCAUCUCGCAUGAAAUCUCAUGCCGAAAAGCCGAGAACAGUUAGAAAGAAGCCGUGA